UAUGAAAAAAAAUCAAUCUCUUUUCAAAAGGGUCUUAAUUACUGGCGAAAGAGGAAAGUAUAAAGCUUGCUAAAUCUGUUUGAAAAGAUUUGGAACAGAACAUCAAUGCAAAAGGUAAAGAAAAUAUCUAUUUAGAUGUAAAAGAGCUAUUCGUGAUAAAUGUUAGAAUUAUAAAGGAAGAGUAUUUACUGAAUUAGGAUAAAGUUUCUAAGGAGGAAAGCGAAUCAAUAAAGAGAUUUGUGGAUACUAAUCAUAUCUAGUUUCUCCAAGAUACUAAAGCAAUUGAAUUGUUAAAUUUAGUUUGGAGUGACGAAGGAAUAAGGCAAAACAGUAAAUAAAUCGUUCUAAUUAAAAUUAGGAAUAUUUGUAAGCACAAAGCAAGAUUUAGCAGAAUGAAUAAUCAGAAAUUAGAAAAGUCAAAAAUAAUCUCAAUGUUGCCUUUGCUGAGAUACCUGGAGUUUUCAAUUAUUCAUUGAAAGAGUUUAUAUAUUAUGUUCUCAAGGAGAAUGAGUAUGAAACGAUGAAAUAAGUCACAGGGAGAGUUCUUGAGACUUUUCUUUUCAACUAUAAUGAAGUCGGGUUUUCACUAGAUUUAAUUAUGUUGACUGUAUUUUUUCUCUGUUUUGGAUCUCAAUCAGCUGCCUUUUUAUUACUUAAUAUUUUUUCGCAGAGAUGGUUUAAGCUAAUCUAUAUCCCGCUAAUAUUAUUUCAUAUGAUAAUGGAGAAGAUAUUGAUAGAGUACUUUUGGUUCUAAAUUCUUCAUUUAAAAUGCCAUAUCAAGUUAAGCCAUUAAUUACUAACUUUUUGA